CGUUCCGCGGGCGGGAGUUCGGCGCGGCCUUUUCCUCUCGACAGCGGCUGAUGAGAAGAAGAAGAAGCAGCGGCGCACCGCGGGAACUGCUCGUCUUCGGUAUUAGGCGUGGACGCGACUCUGACUCGACUCUCCCGACCCCCGUCUCCCGUCAGGAUGGAGCUGAUCACAAUCCUCGAGAAAACCGUGUCUCCAGAUCGGAAUGAGCUGGAGGCGGCGCAGAAGUUUCUGGAGCAGGCGGCCAUCGAGAACCUGCCGACGUUCCUGGUGGAGCUGUCCAAGGUGUUGGCAAACCCCGGAAACACACAGGUGGCACGAGUCGCUGCUGGCCUGCAGGUCAAGAACUCGUUGACCUCUAAGGAUCCGGACGUCAAGACACAGCACCAGCAGAGAUGGCUGGCCAUCGACGCCAGCGCCCGCCGGGAGAUCAAGAACUACGUCCUGCAGACUCUGGGGACAGAGACGUACCGGCCCAGCUCGGCCUCUCAGUGUGUGGCUGGCAUCGCCUGCGCAGAGAUCCCCGUCAACCAGUGGCCCGAGCUCAUCCCUCAGCUGGUGGCCAACGUCACAGACCCCAGCAGCACCGAGCACAUGAAGGAGUCGACGCUGGAGGCCAUCGGAUACAUCUGCCAGGACAUUGACCCUGAGCACCUACAGGACAACGCCAACCAGAUCCUGACGGCCAUCAUCCAGGGCAUGAGGAAGGAGGAGCCCAGCAACAACGUCAAGCUCGCCGCCACCAACGCCCUCCUCAACUCGCUGGAGUUCACCAAAGCCAACUUUGAUAAGGAGACGGAGAGACACUUCAUCAUGCAGGUCGUGUGUGAAGCCACGCAGUGUCCAGACACCAGGGUGCGAGUGGCUGCGCUGCAGAACCUGGUGAAGAUCAUGUCCUUGUAUUACCAGUACAUGGAGACGUACAUGGGCCCUGCGCUGUUUGCUAUCACAAUAGAGGCCAUGAAGAGCGACAUCGAUGAGGUGGCCUUGCAGGGAAUCGAAUUCUGGUCAAACGUCUGUGACGAGGAGAUGGACCUGGCCAUCGAAGCCACUGAGGCCUCUGAGCAGGGCCGUCCUCCCGAGCACACCAGCAAGUUCUACGCUAAAGGAGCUCUGCAGUACCUGGUGCCCAUCCUCACACAAACGCUCACCAAACAGGACGAGAACGACGACGAUGAUGACUGGAACCCGUGCAAGGCUGCGGGCGUGUGUCUGAUGCUGCUGGCCACGUGCUGCGAGGACGAUGUGGUGCCUCACGUACUGCCCUUCAUCAAAGAGCACAUCAAGCAUCCGGACUGGCGCUACCGUGACGCCUCCGUCAUGGCUUUCGGCUCCAUCCUGGAGGGCCCCGAGCUCAACCAGCUCAAGCCACUGGUCAUCCAGGCCAUGCCCACCCUCAUCGAGCUGAUGAAGGACCCCAGCGUGGUGGUGAGGGACACCACGGCCUGGACGCUAGGACGCAUCUGUGAUCUGCUGCCCGAGGCCGCCAUCAAUGAGGUGUACCUGGCCCCACUCCUGCAGUGCCUGAUCGAGGGUCUCGGGGCCGAACCCCGCGUGGCCUCCAAUGUCUGCUGGGCUUUCUCCAGUUUGGCUGAAGCGGCGUAUGAAGCCACAGACGCUGCAGAUGAUCAGGAAGAGCCCAGCACAUACUGCCUGUCCUCCUCCUUCGAGCUCAUUGUCCAGAAACUGCUGGAGACAACAGACAGGCCAGAUGGGCAUCAGAAUAACCUGCGCAGUGCGGCGUACGAGGCUUUGAUGGAGAUCGUGAAGAACAGCGCGAAGGACUGUUACCCGGCGGUGCAGAAGACCACGCUGGUCAUCAUGGAGCGACUGCAGCAGGUCCUGCAGAUGGAGUCUCACAUCCAGAGCACCUCAGACAGGAUCCAGUUCAACGAUCUGCAGUCCCUGUUGUGUGCCACCCUACAGAAUGUUCUGAGGAAGGUUCAGCAUCAGGACGCUCUGCAGAUCUCAGACGUGGUGAUGGCGUCUCUGCUGCGCAUGUUUCAGAGCACAGCGGGCUCGGGGGGCGUUCAGGAGGACGCUCUGAUGGCCGUCAGCACGCUGGUGGAAGUUUUGGGCAGUGACUUCUUGAAAUACAUGGAGGCCUUCAAGCCUUUCCUGGUUAUCGGACUGAAGAACUACGCGGAGUAUCAGGUGUGUCUGGCUGCGGUGGGGCUGGUGUGUGAUCUUUGCCGAGCGCUGAUGGCCAACAUCUUGCCUUACUGUGAUGAAAUCAUGCAGCUGCUGCUGGAAAACCUGGGCAACGAGAAUGUGCACCGGUCUGUGAAACCCCAGAUCCUGUCUGUGUUUGGGGAUAUUGCUCUGGCCAUCGGUGGUGAAUUCAAGAAGUACUUGGACAUUGUGCUGGACACUCUGCAGCAGGCCUCGCAGGCACAGGUGGACAAGACGGACUAUGAUAUGGUGGACUAUCUGAACGAGCUGCGAGAGGGCUGUCUGGAGGCCUACACAGGCAUCAUCCAGGGCUUGAAGGGAGACCAGGAGAAUGUGCACCCUGACGUCAUGCUGGUCCAGCCUCGUGUGGAGUUCAUCUUGUCCUUCAUUCACCACAUCGCUGAAGAUGAGGACCGCUCCGACGGAGUCGUGGCCAAUGCUGUCGGACUCAUAGGUGACCUGUGUACAACUUUUGGCAAAGAUGUGAUGAAGCUGGUGGAGGUUCGACCUCAGAUCAACGAUUUGCUGUCUGAAGGCCGGAGGUCCAAGACCAGCAAGACCAAGACCUUGGCCACAUGGGCCACAAAAGAGCUCCGCAAGCUGAAGAGCCAAGCUUGAUUACCGGCCGUGGAAAUUCCACCAAGAAUAAUGGAAAUCAAACCCACUGAGGUUUCUUCUGUCUUUUACACAUAGACGUGGAAGCAGAAGUGACGUGUGCGCUGAGAUGAGUGUCUGAGAAUGAGUGAGAAAGAGUGAGAGAGAGAGAGACAUCACACCACCUUCAGAGUUCAAUUCCAGCAGCUGCCAGCAGAGAAACUCAGCGGCCCACCACCUUCACCUCAUCAGCCCUCUUCUCCACGUGUCUCUGACCCCUCCAAUAAAUGAUUCCACAUCAUCCACCUCUCUAGUGCAUCCUGUUAGUACGCCUGUCUGCGUUUGAGACGUCUGUGGGCUCGUGUCAGACUCUACCCUGCAGAUGUCCUCUCUUACACAACCCAUUAGUCAGAAGAUACGAGCGAGAAGGAAGUGACGCUGCUGGAGUUUCUAAAGGCGUGACUGGAGUGUGAGUGUGUGAAUGAACGGAGGGGCUCGCUGUUUCCACGUCCCCUCUUACUAUUUCAACCAAUAAUAAAUAAACAUGAUAAAUAUCUUGUUUGCAAAUUCAGUGAGAUGCACUUAUGUAAACAUAGGAGAGCGGCAAGUAGUCAGGGAUGGGCAGCACUCGGAUGAACUGGCGACGAGCGUUCAUCCUGCUUUCUCAAAGUCAAUUGCUGCGCUAUAUUUUUUUUCUCCCCCUCCUUUUUAAAAAAAACAAAAAAAACCUAGAAUUAAAAAUGAAUGGUUCUGUUGUUAGUAUGCUGGUAUGGAUGGUGCAGAUACGCAGAGCUUUGGCCUGCCCUGGGAAGGGAAGACUAGCCACUUGAGGUGCGACUUCUAGCAGAGCAAUCCAUGUUCAAGGGGUAUAGGAAUUAGACACUUCCUCUUUUAUUCUCCUUCAUUUAUUUUGCAGGAAAAUGAGUGCCAAAUCCAUGCGGAUACCAAUGGACUGGAGCUUAAUGUGUUACCACGUAGAAGAUGCGAAAUAAACAUGUCAACGAUGUCACAAUCUGAUUUGCAUUGAUGUGCUUUGGUUGUAUUUUUUUUUUUUUUUUUUUUUUCUUGCGGCACUUAAUUGGAGUCAUUCACCAAGCUUUUUAAAAAAAAAAAAAUGAAUGAACAGAAUCAGACGUUUGUAUGAGGUUAUAUUUUUCCAUUGAUAUGAAAAUAAAAUAAAAUUGAACCUU